AUGGCUUGGCUGGAAGGAUCCCAGCAGUACCUUGGUGCAGAGCAUUCCGCUGUUCCAAGCCUCCUUUCUAGAAAGGAUCCCGUCGGAAUACUGACACCAUGGCUUCAGGGCGACCUCGACUUGCAGGCGAUGAUCAAUACAUUCGGCCGCCUCCGCCCAAGUCAAGCAGGAGAGCCGAUGCCCGGCGCAACCUUUCAGCCAACAGUUUGCAAAACUUGGGAAACCGGUGAAAACUGCGAUGUGCCUGCUCCCUGCUUUGCUGGUGUUGCAACGAACGAAUCAUGGCCUGGCUGCGGUUCCGGCAUGGGCACGAGCGCUGCUAACGACGCAGUGGCGGCCACCUCUCUGACCCGGCUUGCAAAUGAAGAUUGA